AUGAAGCUGAGAAGAUGCAGCUGGGUCAUACGUCUGUCCGCCCGUAUUGGCUUGAAAGCGUCGGCUAUUGUUCGUUACCACAAUAAGGAAAACAGACCCUUAAACGGAAGCAUUUGUGUUGCCAACCACACAACUCCAAUGGACAUUGUCCCCUUGAUGUGUAAUGAACACUACUCUAUGGUUGGUCAGGCUCACGGAGGAAUGAUAGGAUUUUUUCUGAGCAUGUGCAUUAAGACAACGCGGCAUAUUUUGUUUGAUCGCUCCGAAAUGAAGCAUCGUUCUGCUGUGAGAAAAAGAUUAACAGAGCACACUGCUGAUAAGACCAAUGCCCCGAUUUUAAUUUUUCCAGAAGGUACUUGUAUUAACAACACCUCAGUGAUGAUGUUCAAGAAGGGGACUUUUGAAAUAGAAACAACCAUCUAUCCAGUGGCCAUAAAGUACAAUUGCUUGUACUCAGAUCCUUACUGGAACAGCAGUAAAUACAGCAUGACGAAAUACGGGCUUCGACUUGGGACCAGCUGGGCCUUCGUAUGUGACGUGUGGUACUUGCCACCAAUGUGCAAAAAGGAGGACGAAGAUGCCGUCCAGUUUGCCAACAGAGUCAAAUCCGCCAUUGCUGCUCGAGCAGGCUUGAUGUCGCUUCCUUGGGACGGAGCGCUGAAAAGACAAAAAGUCAAAGACUCUUUGAAGAAGCAGCAGCAGGAAGAAUAUUGCAGGAUAAUAGUGGGGAGAGAGCUCCCUGUGUGCUCUGAAGGGCUACUCGCCAGUCAAAAUGAAGCCGAUGACUCCAGCGCCUGGGGUCCGGAGGAGCCUGCCGAAAGUCCACUUGCAGCUGCUGGAUGA